CGCGCGGGGGCGCAGCGAGCCGGGGCUGAGCGUCCGAGGCGGAAGCGGCUCGAAGCGGAGUGGAGCGGCGCCGGCGCCGGCGACAGAGCGAGAAGGAGCCGGGGACAGAGCCGACGCAGGCCUCGUCCUCGCCGCCCGGCAGGUAACCAUGGCAAUGACUGGGCAGGCAACCUCCUACCCAACCAUGAGCAACCAUACGAAGGAACGGGUCACUAUCACGAAGGUUACUCUGGAAAACUUUUACAGCAACCUGAUCGUACAGCAUGAAGAAAGAGAAAUGAGACAAAGAAAACUGGAAAAAGUGAUGGAGGAAGAAGGACUUGGCGAUGAUGAGAAGCGGAUGAGAAGGUCCCAACACGCCAGGAAGGAGACUGAGUUCUUGCGGCUCAAGAGGACCAGACUAGGGUUGGAUGAUUUUGAGUCCUUGAAGGUUAUAGGUCGAGGAGCCUUUGGUGAGGUGCGUCUUGUACAGAAGAAAGACACGGGUCACAUCUAUGCCAUGAAGAUCUUGCGCAAGUCUGACAUGCUGGAGAAGGAACAGGUUGGGCAUAUCCGUGCAGAGCGGGACAUCUUGGUGGAAGCUGACAGUCAGUGGGUGGUGAAAAUGUUCUACAGUUUUCAGGACAAGCUCAAUCUCUACCUGAUCAUGGAGUUCCUUCCUGGAGGGGACAUGAUGACUCUGCUUAUGAAGAAGGACACAUUGAGUGAAGAGGAGACACAGUUCUACAUUGCUGAGACUGUGCUGGCCAUCGAUUCCAUUCACCAGAUGGGCUUUAUCCACAGGGAUAUCAAACCAGACAAUCUGCUCCUAGACAGCAAGGGCCAUGUUAAGCUGUCUGACUUUGGCUUGUGCACAGGUCUAAAGAAAGCUCAUAGGACGGAAUUCUACCGAAACCUCAGUCACAGUCUGCCGAGCGACUUCACUUUCCAGAACAUGAACUCCAAGCGGAAAGCAGAGACCUGGAAGCGGAACAGACGACAAUUGGCUUUCUCCACGGUGGGGACCCCGGACUACAUCGCGCCUGAGGUGUUCAUGCAGACUGGCUACAACAAGCUGUGCGACUGGUGGUCACUGGGCGUCAUCAUGUACGAGAUGCUGAUCGGCUACCCACCCUUCUGCUCGGAGACCCCCCAGGAAACGUACAAGAAAGUGAUGAACUGGAGAGAGACCCUCACAUUCCCACCAGAGGUUCCCAUUUCAGAGAGAGCCAAGGACCUGAUUCUAAGGUUCUGCUGUGAAUCGGAAACGCGAAUUGGGGCCAACGGAGUGGAAGAUGUGAAGAGCAAUCCGUUCUUUGAGUGUGUGGACUGGGAGCACAUCAGGGAAAGGCCAGCAGCCAUAUCGAUUGAAAUAAAGAGCAUCGAUGAUACUUCAAACUUUGACGAAUUUCCUGAUUCAGACAUCUUGCAGCCUGUUGCAGUGAGCAACCACUCAGAGUCGGACUACAAGAACAAGGACUGGGUGUUCAUCAACUACACAUACAAGCGGUUCGAGGGUCUGACGGCUCGAGGGGCAAUCCCCUCAUACAUGAAGUCUGGCAAAUGACCAACUCUGACCCCAGGGGCGCGACUCCCUGCUUCAGUGCCGAACUCUUCUCAGCAACUCGAUUCGUCCUGUAGUAGGGCCUGAGUGCCCUGGAUAGUGACAGUUGUGAAGGACUGAAGAUUUUAUUCCUAAUAUCCAGAUAUCCUUUGUAAUCUCUCUGGCCAUGUGGGGCGGGGCUGGGAAUUUGAUGGGAAGCAGACCCAGAGAUCGGCCGGCGUCUGUCUGUAUCGGUAGCAGCGUAAGGGUGAGUGGGAGUGUCCCGGGGCAGAGACCUGGCACCAGGCCUCUGCCUUCCGGCUGUACUGCCGGUGGGGUUGUCUCUGCAUCCUUUCUGACUCUGCCCUGUCCACGUGGGUUGUCCGGGUCUCUGGAGCACAUCAGCAUAAUGACCCUUCAUUGAAAGGUACCUCAGUCGCUCCACCUGUCUCCCCCCCUUUCUCCCCAUAAAGUGCCAGUGUAGGAAGCAACUCCUGAUGCGUUCAGUCAGUAUAGUGCUGACUUUCCUCAGCUCCUACCCAUGGUGAGAGAGAUGCACAGCACUGGGCAGAGGGCAGGGUAAUGAUGUUCCCAGUGUGUAAUCCGCAAAGCGGGCAGCCCACACGCAGCUCACCUGACCUGUGGCCCAAGCAGAUCUGGAUAUGCACAGCUGGCCGCUGCACAUCUGCCAAGCGUUCGGCUGGGCUGGGCUGCCCUGCCCUGCAGCCAUCCAUUUGCUUUGUGCUCAGUGCUUCCAUCCUCUGUUAUCGACUCUAUGAACACCAAGGUACUGUUCUCGUGUCUGUUUUAAUCUCUGUUUGGAUGCAUUUAAUUGGAUGGGGUUCGUGAAGAACUCUGCGGGAUUCCUCCUUCCUUUCUGAUGACAUGCAGUUUUUAUUAUUUUAUAAGGGGAACAUUUCUGGUGAAUUCUUAUUUGUAAAUACCGACUUAUGUGUUUGUACCUGUAUAGAAGAUGUUUUCCGGAUUGCCGUGCUCUCGGGAAUCUGGAUCUCUGCAGGCUCGGUGAAGAGCUCUCCUCCCUCCAACAGAAUAAACCCUCACCUUACAGCGAGGGGAAUUGUUCCUGGGAACCAUUGCGUGGUGUUGCAUUACAGCAGCUAUUUUAUAAUGUAGAUAAAGAAGUUAUGUAGCCAAAAAAAGGGAGAGUCCACCAUGAUGUUUGGCAGCCCAGGAGUGGACUUUGCUGCAAUGAUUUUGUUAUGUGGGCCUUUGAAGUCUGGGGUAUUACUGUAUGUGUCUGUAGUCAGUGCACCAGCUCUGGUUCGACAGUCUGCUGAUUGAAAGUACAGUCUCUGCCUCAUUUAAUCCCUCGUAGUUUGUUGGAAAUCCCUCCUCAUUUUUCUCCUGAUUUCUUCCUCUCCAUUCCACCCCCCAGUCCUGCCUCAGAUGGAAUUUGCAGGUCUAGUAUUACUUGAUAACAGAAUGCCGACAUGUUGUUUGGUGCUGCUUCACCAACAGAGCGUAGGUGAAAACCCCUGAUGCUGCUCCUCGUGGACCAGAUCGUUGCCAGCCACUCAGAAUACUGACUUGUGCUGUCAAGUGGGAGGCUUUCUUUCCCUGUGACCUCUGUCCCUGUAUUGGGCUCCACUGAGUGCACACAACCCUGGCUCACUGCUUCCUUUAACUUCCAAAAGGGUCUCGGCCAAACCACAAUCCAGGAUGCAGCUGUUGUUGCAAUGUGGAACUUUUUUGUAUUUUAUUCUGAGAAUGUCUGAGUGUGUUAGGACAGCGAGCAAUGGAGGAAUAAAAAUUCCCCUCCCAUCUAAUCUCCUCACAGGCUGUUCUCCCCUUCCUCUGAGCCUCCCACCCCCAUCAAUGGGUCUCUUCUGAUUUCCACUUUCCUCUGCCACUAUCUGCAGACAACGUGGCCCAUUGGUCGGUCAAGAGGGGAUUGGCUUUGAUGUAGGAAGGGUUGACCACCACCGUCUCUCUUGGUCCAAAGAAGGAGCUCACAACACAGGAGUCUGGCUUUGAAGUUGGGGAUUUUUUCUGUAGGGGGCCCCUCAUGCCAGCACAGUAGGGUCAUUCUGUGAUGCCAGGAUAAGCUGUGCCCACCUCUGGCCCCGGUGCCACUAGAGGUGGUGGUAGAUGUGCCUCCUGUUAAUAUGACUGGGUGUAGAUGUUUUCCUGUGGGUCUAUAAACUGAACUGUAAGUAUAAAAUCUCAGUACUUUUCACUGCUGGCAGGAAUAUCUGCUGCUCUUCUGUUGUAGCAGAUAGUGUUCUGCUAUUUCAUGCCUUACACCUUUUCACAAUCACUCUCCUUGGGCCAAAUUCCUCAUCCUGCAGAAAGCCACGGAAUGAAGGUGACCUUCCACACCCUCCCGUUUGGAGAGAUGGACCAAGCGGCUCACUCCCAGCGGGACCUCUGCACCUCACUGGUUAAGAAUGGCCCGGACCUCGGGGAUGAGCGGCUGGUCCUGUUGGUCAGUUCCCCAACCUUAACCCAUCGGGAGCUGUGAGAUGUCCCAUCCAUUACUGCGACAGUGUCGUUCCACCACUCUGCUGUGGCUGGUUUAAGAGUAGGCUAGCAACCUCAGCCCCUUCUAAAGGAAAGGAAGCUGUGUUAAUGGGGAUCACAUGUCCAAGGGAGAGAGAGCGGCCGCAGUUGUUCCCUCUCAGGCCAGGAUUUACCUUCUGGCUUUGAGAGCUGUCUGAAGCUCAGGCCUGUGGGUGAAGUUGAGUUAGGGGGAGGGGUGUGUUGCUGUGACUGUGUGAGAUUGGUGAAUCUGGUGUAAGUAUUGUAUGCGUUGCAGAAUUGCUUUUUAUGAAUCACCACCCACUUUCUUUAAACCUGUAUUAUAAAAGACCUUUUACAUAACACCAAGUCUGCUUCAG